AUGGGGGAUGAAGGGACACGGAGGUACCGGAGGGAUCCGGGAGGCGUCAGGUUCUGCCUGUACCCGGAGCUGCCGGAGGACGUGGCCGCCACGCACCCCCCCGGGGCGCACAGCCUGGUGGCCGUGUCCGUAGGUUACUUCCUUGAGGACUUUGUGGACAUGCUGUGCAAUCAGAAGCUCCGGCAGUCCUGGGAGCUGCUUUUCCAUCACUCCGUGGUCAUCGUCUGCUUCGGUAUCGCGGUGCUGCUCCACCAGUACGUGGGGUUUGCCCUCGUGGCCCUGCUGGUGGAGAUUAACUCCAUCUUCCUCCACCUGCGGCAGAUUCUGCUCAUGGCCAACCUAGAGCACACCGCCUGCUACCGCCUCAACAGCAUCGCCAACCUGGGCACCUACGUGGUGUUCCGCAUCGCCACGCUGGCCUGGAUGACGCGGUGGCUCUUCCUCAACCGGGAGAACGUGCCGCCGGCAACGUACGCCGUGAGCGCGGUGGGCAUGGCCAUCAUGACGCCCAUGAACAUCGUCCUGCUCUACCGCCUGCUGCGCAGCGACUUCUUCAAGUCCAUGCGGGAGGUGCGGCAGGACAAGGAGGAAUAGCCCCUCUCCUGCAGGCUCCAGGGGAUGAG